GGGUAACAAAUCCUCAUUGUCGAAUCCGCUUCACAACACCACUACCAUGCCUUCCAAGUCCAAGCAAAACCAAAAGCAACAAGCUGCCGCCCAGCAAAAAGCUCCCGCAGUGGUCCAACCAGCAACCGUCCACCAAUUCCAAGCUCACCAAAAAAAUCAGCCUGCCAAGGCCACUACCCCUCAAAAGCAAGAAAAAGAAGCUUCCAAGCAAAGCCAGGUGUUGAAGGCCGCGCCUGCAUCGGUGGCCUCGCAGCCAUCUCCAAAGGGCCCUCUCACCAAACAAGCGCCCCUGACUCCCUCGCAGCAAGUGGAGAAGCAACAGAUUCUCAACAUCUUGCUGGAUGAUGCUGGCAAGGACUGGAAGCCCCGCGACAAAACCCCCAAGCAACAGACUCCUCAAAAACAAGCGGCCGAGAAAAACAACAAAAAGACUCAUGCGCCUCAAAAGGCAGACCAAGGCAAACACGCCCAACAACCUCAAAAGGCGCCAGCCCAAAAGGCCCCAUCUCAGACUCUCAAGCCUGCCACUGCCCCUACACUUGCCAACCGUGAUUCGUUGAGCCAAGCUCAGAAAUUAGAGCAGCAGCAGAUCCUCAACAUCUUGCUCGACGACGCCGGCAAGGACUGGAAACCCCGCGACAGAACUCCAAAACAACCUGUUCCAAAGCGCGCUUCCAAACAAAAGGAUGGAAAACAGCAAGCCCAAAAGGACCUCGGGAAGCAGAAAGCACAACCAGUGGCCAUGCAGAAGAACCCCGUGAAGCAAGAAGCCAAAAGUGCUGCCCCUCACAGGGCUCCUGCACAGAAAGCUGCUCCUGCUCAACAAACGCAAAGGCCUACGACUGCGCCCGCCCUUGUCAAGCGUGCGUCAUUGAGCCAAGCCCAGCAACUCGAGCAACAGCAGAUCCUCAACAUCUUGCUCGACGACGCUGGAAAGGACUGGAAGCCCCGUGAUAAGAAACUCAAGCAGCCCCCUGCCAAGCAAAAUGCGAACCAAAUGGGUAGCGGCAAACAAGCCCCUAAAGCUCAGACGACGCCAUCUAAAUCCCAAGCGAAGUCAAUUCCACAGAGCGCCCCAGCUCGAUCCGCAAAACCCGCCACUGGCCCUGCACUUGUCAAUCGUGCGCCGUUGAGCCAAGCUCAACAAUUGGAGCUACAGCAGAUCCUCAACAUCUUGCUCGACGAUGAUGUCAAGGACUGGAAGCCGCGCGACAAGACGCCAAAGCAACCUAUUGCGAAGAAGAAUUCCAAGCAACAGAAUGGAAAACAAACCCAGAAGGCCCCCGUGAAGCAGCAAACUCAAAAAGCUGCCGCUCAAAAUGCGGCCUCUGCGCAGAAAGCCCAUCAAGUGCAAAAGCCCGCGACUGCCCCUUCCCUUGUCAAAUGUGCGCCGUUGAGCCAAGCCCAGCAACUCGAGCAACAGCAGAUCCUCAACAUUUUGCUCGAUGAUGCUGGCAAGGACUGGAAGCCUCGCAACCAAAGCGCUUGGCCGUGGUCUCCCAAGGCGUCGACGCCUACCAAAUCGCACACUCAGGCAUCCCCUCAAUCGAAGACGCAACACAACCAAAAACAGACUCCGCCUAAAGCUCCACCCAGUUCUCAACCCCAAAAGGCAGUGCCUCAAGCCAAACACAUUCAUGCCAAGGGUCAGCAGGGUCGCGUGAAGCUGUCCACUUAAAGACUGGAUAGUACAUAACGAAUGCGUUGUUUCGUAUUGGGGCUACAAAAGAAUGAAGUACGCACAACCAUGGGCGACUCAUUACUUGGAAUUCCCAGCCAAGAGUGAACGGCAUGUCGUGUGCGAAAAUAGGGGCCACCCACUCGAACCGAGCAAGUCUCUUAAACGACAAAUUCGUUGAUCUCUCA